AAUAAAUAAAACAAAAAUUAAAAACAAAUUGGAAACAGAUAAAAAUAACCAAAUAUCAUAGAAUAAAUGCGAUUCUUCACUGCUGUUUGCUACAAUUGCUCCUCUACAAUCUGUUAAAGCACGCCGGAGAAAGCAGAACGGAGAAAGCAAAACGGAGAAUCAUCAUUAAAUAGAGCACAAGAGCAGAUAGAGCAGAAGAGCGAGAUAGUGUGAUAGAACGAGAGUUAGUGAGUGACAUCGUGGUACAACUAAAAAUUCUCAAAACGCUAUCUAUCUACCUUAUUGGAAAAGUGGACAUCUUUUGCUCAGCAGAACGCUAACUUAUAUGAUUUCAAAAGGGAAUCAUCGUCCCAGCUGUUCGAAAUAUAAAAUCUGAAGUAAAACUAAAUAUAUCAGUCCCAGAUCUAAACGAAGAUGAUGUCGUAAAGACUACGAGUUCAACGGCGGUAGCAAGUCAGCAAGGGCAAAAUCUUUAUCAGUAGUGUACAGCUACGGCUGUUAACUGCUAAAGAUAGCGCACCUCCGGCCGUUCGGCUUCUUAAUACAGAUGUCUCGUACCAUCACCGAGACAUUACCAGCACGUGUUCGUUUGCGUGGCAUGACUACUUCAAAUACUUCACCAAGUGCAGCCGACGGAAAUGGUGGGAAGGGUGGUGGUGGUGGUGGUGGUGGGAGUAGCAGCGGUGGAGCAGCUAGUAGUAGCGGCUGUACACGUUCCUGUGGCGUCCAUAGUACCACAGGUGGAACACGGGCGACGAUUACCUUGACAAGCAAUUCCGCAAAUGCAUCAACAUCAAGAAAUCAACGACAUCGCUCACGAAAGAAAUGCUGUUUCUGUUGGUGUUGGUGUUGUUUCUGCACAUGGGAGAGAUGUCGCAAAUGGUUACAGUGGUAA